AUGCUUGUUAAGAUCAUUGGAUGUGAAUGGAGUGAUGAAACCCGUCAGAUCAUGAAGAAACAGUUUGAAUUCUGUGUGAGCAGAGAAUUCGUUCCUGCUCUUGACGAGGAUAUUGUUCAUUUCCGUUUUUAUCCGGUCUGUGACGAAGAAGGGUGCGACAUACCUCAGCUUUAUAUCGCAGUUAUAAGCAUCAACGACAGAGUCGAAGAGGUAUACCAGCUUUCAUCAGGCCGUUUUUAUUACGCGAAUGGUAAAAACGUAAUGCAGACGAGCUCAAUCAAUGAGGUAGUAAAAAGAAUCACCCAUUAUGAAACUCAAUCAGUGGAUGGGCGGCAGCGUUCAGGCACGGUUUUG